AUGGCUGCUUUCUGGGUUUAUACUUCUAUAUUUGGAUUGAAAAGCCAAUCUACUUGGGAUAAUUUGGCUCGUAUGCUGGAGAAGACCAUAAAUGUGUUUAUGAGUUAUCAUUAUGUUUAUAAUAAUUUAUUGAUGUCUCCCAUAUUAUGUCCUUUAAACUGCUCAACAAUGGUAAAAAGACAAAUAGGAGUCGAAUGGCAACAUAAAACAAGUUAUGCAAACACAAAAAAAACGUGCCGGACUAGCACAAGGCUGAUCCCGAACCGAUACCGGACAUUUACAGUCCAGUACAACAAUCAUGGGGGUGUAGAAGGAAUGGAAGGAGUAAAAGGUAGUUUGGUGGGUAGAGCGCAAAGGAAUUGGGUAUCAAAAAGCCACUUUCCAGCCCUCUUCCUUCUCUCAAUUGCCAGUCUUUCAACAUUAUUCAAAUAUACAUGUGAUCAUGAUUGA